GCUGCAUAUCACCACUUUUUUUAAUAGAUGUCAUGAAAGCCAUUCAACAUCUCUCAAGAUGGCAGAUAACCCUACUACAACUGCGCCCGCGAAAAACGAUGGGGAUCGGUCAUCGCGCAGCGACCGCAAUUCCAAUUCGCACAAUUCACGUCCAAGAGGUCAGCGAGGUGGAAGAUCGCAAGGUGGUCGUGGUGGACGAGGGGGGCAAGGUCGAGGCGGUGGUGGGAGGGGUAGAGGAGGUGGAUUCGGCGCAAACAACAACUCGGGCGGUCGCAAAAAGGACAUGGGCCGUGGAGCAUACAAGUUGGUUCCUCUCUGAUGUGUGAUCAGUCCGUAUCUAACUAAACAAGUCGUAAUGGUGUAGAUAGACGAAAGCGCAACGAGGACGGAAAAGAGAAACCCGAGUCCAAUGAAUAUGCGGCCACCACAUUUACAAAAGAGGAGAUAGAAGCUGAAGGCCGGAAACCGAAGAAGAAGGUCGCUGUCUUGAUUGGAUAUGCUGGAUCUGGUUACAAGGGAAUGCAAAUCAAUGGAUCAGAAAAGACCAUUGAGGGAGACAUUUUCAAGGCAUUUGUAGCCGCAGGUGCCAUUUCAAAGGCGAAUGCAGACGAUCCCAAGAAGUCUACUUUGGUCAGAUGCGCUCGAACGGAUAAAGGUGUACAUGCGGCUGGCAACGUCAUAUCCUUAAAGCUUAUUGUUGAAGAGCCAAACAUCGUCCAGAAGAUCAACGAGCAUCUACCUCCUCAGAUCAGAAUAUGGGGGAUGGAACGAACGAAUGGUUCAUUUAGUUGCUACCAAAGCUGCGACUCGAGAUGGUAUGAGUACCUAAUUCCGACGUACUCUUUUCUUCCACCGCACCCAAAGAGUUUCCUAGGUCAAAAGUUGGCCGGAUCAGCAGAGAAAAAGGGUGUUCUUGAACAAUGGAAGUCUCGAAUGGAGGAUGUAUCUGACUUUUGGGAAAAAGCCGAAGAGACUUAUGUCAAACCAAUUCUUGACGAGUAUGAUGCUGACAUGCAAGAAGCAAUUAUGACUGCUAUCCAUACGACCGAAGACCUAAGCUUGGAAGAGACUGAGAAGAUAAAGGGUAAAGCAGGUAAGGAGUAUUUGAAAAAGGUUAGGUCCGCCGAAAAGCAAGGAUCCGGUGUUGUUGAGAGUUCUCCACCAAAAGAGCUAGUCGCAGUGAAUGUUGAAGAGCAGGAUCAAGAGAAGACUGUCUUGGGUAAACGGGCCGCCUCGGUCAAGAAUGAGGGUGAGGAUGCAGAAGGCGCUAAACGUCUGAAAAGCACCCAACAUCCUUCACAGGAUGAACCUGUCCUAAUGGAAGUUGAUGAAGUAACCCAAGAGAUCAAGGAAGAAAUCAAAGAAGAGACCACGACGGAGACCAAGGAGGAGUCCCAAACCACAGAAAACGCCGUCGAGAUAAAACCCGAAGAUGCCACCACCGAGAAAUCCACAAAAUCCAUCCUCUCUCCCCUCGACGUUGCCAUCAAAAGAGUCAAAGCCGCCUACAUAGUCGCCAAAAAAGCAUAUCGCAUCUCCCCGGGCCGCAAAAGCAAAGUCCAAGAGACCCUAAACUGCUACGUCGGAACGCGCAACUUCCACAACUACACCAUCCAAAAAUCCUUCUCCGACCCCUCCGCCAAGCGUGUCAUCCGGUCUUUCAAGGUCGGACCUGAACCCGUCUACAUCAACGACACGGAAUGGCUCUCAUUAAAGGUCCACGGACAGAGUUUCAUGAUGCAUCAGAUCCGAAAGAUGAUAGCUAUGGCAGCGCUGAUUGUCCGAUGUGGCUCCACCACCAAUAUCAUCCAAGAAAGUUAUACCUCCGCCACGAUCAGUAUUCCCAAAGCUCCCGGCUUGGGGUUGUUACUUGAAAGACCCGUUUUCGACACGUAUAACACGCAAGCGGUGGAGAAAUUCCAGAGAGAAAAGAUCGAUUUCGAUAAAUUCAAGACGGAGAUGGAGGAGUUCAAACAGCGAGAGAUUUACGAUAGGAUCUUCCGAGAGGAGGAGAGAGAUCACCAGUUUGUCUUCCUUUCCCUACCCCACCUAACGCUUCUCUCGUACUAUCACACCCCGAAAAACCACUUUCACUAACGAAACCUAGAUUCCAUACCUUCUUCCACCAUCUCGAUCACUACCGCACGGAUUUCUUCCUCUGGGUCACGGCCGAGGGUGUCGUGGCCGCGAGACAGAGUAUCGCACGUAGUGAGGUGUUGAAUGAUGACGAUGAUGAUGGUGAGGAUGAGCGGCCGGAUGCAAAUGGGCAAGAUGGUUGAGUUGAGUGGGAAUUCUUUUUAUUAAGUACCUAGACAUGGUAGUACCGUAGCAGCCUAGUUGAUAGCAAACUGAUGUACAUACAAUGUAUACUUUUCC